AUGAGGCCUAGAUAUUCUGGUAAUGCUGUGAAAAUGAAUGAUACUUCCAUUGCUUUUUUCAUUUUCCUUGGAUUCCCUAGCUAUUUGGAGGUGCAGAUAACCAUGCUCAUUCUCUUUUCUGUUAUUUACACAGUUAAUGUAAUUGGUAACUGUCUCAUCAUGAUCAUCACUUGGGUGGAUGUGACUCUUCAUACCCCCAUGUAUUUCUUCUUGAGAGUCUUGUCAUUUCUGGAGAUCUGCUACACCACCGUCACUCUUCCUAUGAUGCUGCAUCACCUGAUCUCAGGAGACAAAUCCAUCUCAUUCAGUGGCUGUGCAGCUCAGAUGUAUUUUCUCCUGUUCCUGGGGACAGUUGAGUGUUUCCUCUUGGCUUCUAUGUCUUACGACAGGUACAUUGCAAUAUGUCUCCCCUUGCAAUAUCCAGUGGUGAUGUCUAAAGGGGUUUGUAUCCAUCUGACCUUGGCUUCAUGGGUGUGUGGGAUUUUUCUCCCACUAGUGAACACAAGUUGGGCAUUCAGCUUGCCAUACUGUGGAUCUAAUGAGAUCAACCAUUUCUUCUGUGACUUUCCACCAGUUUUGAAGCUAGCCUGUGCUGAUACAUCCUUGAAUGAGGUGGUGAUGCUAGUAAGCAGUUUGAUCAUCACUCUGAUACCUUUCAUCUUCAUACUUGUAUCCUAUACCUGCAUUAUUGGCACCAUAUUAAGGAUGCCUUUAGCUAAGGGCAGGCAAAAGGUGUUCUCCACAUGUUCCUCACACCUUAUCAUGGUGACUCUUUUCUAUGGCACAGCCAGCUUGAUGUACUUGCAGCCUAAAUCCAGUUAUUCUUUGGAGCGAGACAAAUACCUCUCUCUUAUCUACACUGUGAUAACACCAGUGCUAAACCCUAUCAUCUACAGCUUGAGGAACACAGAGGUGAAAACAGCCCUGAAAAGAAUGUUUAAGAGGAAAAUAUUGUUCUAA